GUUCAUUUAUUACGCAUUGUUUUAUAUAUUUAAUUAUGUGCAUUUUAUGAACACAACUUGUUGGCAACUGCAUAAAGAGGUCUUUGUGCAAGAACUGGCAUACGCUAAUCUGUAAGAAGAAUAAAACAGAAUGUUGACUUUCACUUGGUGGCCAACUGAUGCUGAUUUUGAAUAAAACAUUGACAAAAAAGAUAGUCAACACAGAACAGUUAACAUACAUAUGUAUAGUUUUUCAAAAACAACGAUUGCUGCCACUUUCUUACACGUCGUUUUAGAAAAACAGACCUGCCACAACAAACUAGAAAUAUCUCUAUCAACUGCUGGUAAGGCAUUGGCAAAAAAGGCACGCAAUUGUUGCGCCUGAGCACAAACACACGCACACAGGACUUGCAUUCAUCAUUUUAAACACCCUCAGCCCAUUGGUGAAGUAAAGGAGCUCCGGCCCACUCACAACCAUUCACAUCUCUCAGUUGGCAGUGCGCUGGCGCUCUGACGGCGCUCUUAUAACGCUCGGUACUUCGUGCACGGACGGUCACGGCAUUCGUUGGGAAAUAUUUUUAUUAUUGUUCCUUCCAACGUCAAGAACACUUUUGCUCCAAGUCUGUGCAGAACCGGGAACGCGUACACAACAUCAAGCGGAUGAACGCGGAACGCGAGCAAAAAUAAGCAUACAAGUAGAAGAAAAAACAACACACAUACACACACAAAAGCAGCGGUGUCUACUUUAUAGAAAGUCCAUCAACAUCAUCAUUAUUAUUAACAUCAAUGGCCUGUGCACUGCGAAAGUAAACAUCAGGUCCGACCGUCGACUAAUUGCAGUCACGCUGCGGCAGAGCAGCUUGCAGCAAAGUUUUAAUUAUUAGUUAAGAAGCAAAAGCAAUUUUCGUUGUGCCUUUUUAUGAUUUGUUAAGUGUGUCGUUGUCGUCGUCUACGUCGUCAUCGUCUUCCUCAAGACCCCUGCAGCAACAAUCUUUAGCUUAAAACACGCACACAUACACAAGAGUUUGUGUGUAUAUGUGGACGUCCCCAUGACAACGAUAGGAAAAGCGUCAGCAUCAUCAUAAUUUGAUCCACAAAAGGAACAAAAACUAAAAAGAAAAAAAGAAAAUAUACGCUUCGAUAAUUCGGUUCGUUCGGUAUCUCAUCGCUGCGUCCGUCGUGAGCCGUCGAGCGAGUGCGAUUUUCUGUUUAUGUGUAUGCCUGCAGCAUCCUGGAAACAAAAAAGCAGCACAAUCAAAUAGGAAUACAAAAAGCAAAGCAUCCAAACACCCUCCUCUGGGUCCACGCUAUUGACACUCCACUCUGCCUCACCGAGUGUCUGGGUGUGUGUGCUUCAACAAUUUUGCAAUUGUCACCAUCAUCUUUGUCAAAACAUUGCUGUCAAAAUGAAACGUCGCUGAGACGCAGACUCGUUAGCCCCCCCGCCCACGUCUCCGACACUAGCGCGCCGUAUUGAUGUUGGUGCUGCCGCUGCCUCUGUUGUUGUUGCAUCGAAUGCCCACGUAGAGGCACCCAAGGCUUUUAUCAUCCAUGUGCACGGCAUACUUAGCAGCUCAACACACAACCGAUGAGACCGGCCAGGACACAUUAUGCAGUGAUUAUAGAGCGAUCCACAGCACUUUAAGAACCAACAACCACCCCGCCCCCCUACUAUAGUGUGCGUGUGUCCGCUGCACCAACAACAACAACUCAACUACAUCCCGAAUUCCUAGUGACAAUUUAUACUUGACUGUGGCGCGUCGCUCUCCCAACAGACACCUAGAGCUGAAUAGAGAUCCCCAACUAACGGAAACCUGCUGUCAUCAUCACCAUCAACGUUAACAUCAACAGCGUUGUUGAAUCAUCAACCUUCAACAACAGCAGCAACAACGAGGGCAACCCAUCAAGAUGACCACAGACUUUUUGUUCCCCAAAAUAGCGGAUUGCUCCUAUGUGUCCUGUUACUGUGAGGAAAACGUUUGGAAACUAUGCGAGCAGGUGAAAAGGACACGGCCAGAGGAGCUGUCCAAAUGCUACGCCGUGUUUGUGUCUAAUGAGGGUCGCACUGUACCACUGUGGCGCCAAAAGGCCGGACGUGGCGAUGAUCAAGUUGUGAUAUGGGACUAUCAUGUGUUCUUCAUGCACAAUCCCUCACCCAAUCGCUGUUUGGUCUUUGAUUUGGACACCACCCUACCGUUCCCCACAUAUUUUCACAAAUAUGUCACAGAGACAUUUCGUUCCGAUCUGGCACUCCGACCAGAGCAUCACAGAUUCUUCAGAGUUAUACCCGCAGAUACAUAUCUCAUUGAGUUCUCAUCGGAUCGCCGUCAUAUGCGUAGACCGGAUGGCAGUUGGAUUAAGCCGCCUCCCUCAUAUCCACCCAUAUUGUCGAACACGAACAUGCACUGUUUGGGGGACUUUAUAUGCAUGAGUCCUGGCAAGGGACCCGGCGCUGUUUACGGCCUAUCGGAGUUUGUUCAAAAUUUCUACAAAUCGCCGAAUGUGAUGGCGCAGAACAACAAGUAGAGAAGACGGUCCAUUAAACAACAAGAAAGACAUACUAUAUCAUGAAAACUCAAAGCCCGAAACUCAAUCGGAUUCUAAAUUUAAUGUUUGUGUUCUUGCAAAUAUGUAGGCGGCGCAACAUUUGUCGAAUGCAAGCAUCGUACGUUAAUUUACAAGACAAUUAAUUAACAAUUGCAUACAUAUAUACAUAUACAAUACAUAUAAAUAUAUUUAUGAUAAUGUAUUUUUGUAAAACAAAAAAAAAAAAAAAACGGAGGAUGGCAACUAGCUGUUCUCGGACAUCAUUUGUAUUUGAUCUUUAAAGAAAUUAUAAUUAUAAAUUAUUUAUUGUAUGUACAAGUAUGUAUAUUAAAAAAAAUACGCAAAAUGAGAUUUUUAUUCGCUUCUCCAAGAACUUUUGUAACUUUAAACCAAAACGCACCAAUUAAAGAUAACCAUAUACAUACGAA